AUGCUUCUACAUAAUAAUACAAUUGCAGCAGCUACGUUUCUUUCAUCAACUGAAUCUCCGUCAUCAUCAUCAUCAUCCUCCUCAUCAUCUCCUGCGGCAACAACAGGUGUCUAUCCUCAUCCUCAUCCAGUUGUCAAUCAAUACUUUCCCACGCCUUGGAUUCAACCAUUCAAUAACCAUCGACUAUUAACCGAUCAAUUCUUUCUCAAAAGCACGCAACAUAACUCAACCGACAUGCUGUUAAUUAGUCCAACUAUGUUAGCAACGGUUUCAUCAUCCGGUAUUGUCAAUCGAACAAACAACAAUCCAAAUACAACAGGUCCGACGACAGCACUGCUUACCAGAAACGAUCUCAUCGCAUUUCAUCACUUUCAACAACAGCUCGAUGCGUCAUCAGCAUCACUGAAUUCGUCGUUAGUGCCAACGUUAUUAGCGACGACGACGACAACAUCAUCAUCAUCAUCCUCGUCAAAUUCAUCAACCGUUAAUAAUACUGGACCAACAGCUCAACCGUCGUCAUAUGCAUCUACGAAUUUAUCAACAACGAAUCCAAUGACUCAUUUAGUUGUCGAUUCCACAUCUCAGCUGCCCCAAAUUACCAGUGUUCCAUCAUCCCCCUCGUCAAUUAGUGAAUCAACAACAACGAACAGUACUACUAAUAAUCUGAUACAAUCUCUAUCGCCUAAUGAUCAAGCACAAUCAAAUUCUUCUUCAUCCCAUUCGCCUCAAUCAACAAGCACCAUAACACCAAACGGAUCAACGUCAUCAUCAACAAAUGGCUCGAAUACCGCCCAAAAACGUCUGCAUGUAUCCAAUAUUCCAUUUCGGUUCCGAGACGAUGAUCUCAAAGCCAUGUUUGAACAAUUUGGUGAAAUUAUCGAUACUGAAAUCAUAUUCAACGAACGAGGAUCUAAAGGCUUCGGCUUUGUUACAUUUGCUUGCAGUGAAGACGCGGAUGCGGCUCGUGAAAAAUUUCACGGAGCUAUCAUUGAAGGGCGCAAAAUCGAGGUCAAUAUGGCAACAGCUCGAUCUCAACCGAAACCAAAGCCAGUCUUAACCAACCAAUUCGGCGUCAUGUUAAAUGCGCGACAACGGCCAACAUUGAUUCCAACUGCUCAAGCUGCAGGACUGCGUGCAGCAGCAGCUUUCACUACUGGUCUAGCUUUACCCGGUGGAUAUACUAUUUAUCCUGAUCAGCUAACUGCAUUGGGUGGUUUAACAGCUUACCCAAUCGCUGCUACAACUACUACGAAUCCACAAUCACAGAAUGGUGUUCGUUACAUAACAGCAACAACAUCACAUGGAUUAGCAACAGCUGGUCAACAACCUGGAGCCUAUACGAUUGGUGUUUUACCAAUGACGAAUGGCGUUAAUACAACUGCUGGGUAUAUCAUCAAUGGAGCAUCAACAACGAAUAUGACAUCUCCAACAGCUCAAUUCGGACAUGCUUAUCCCGAAACUGCCUACAUCACAGCGACACCGACGGGUACCAUCGGUCCUAUCACUGGUAUUCGAAAUAAUGUCCGCUAUACACCGUAUUGA